AAGAAACAGCAACGGACACCUCCGACCCAUUGCUCAUAUCAUAUUCUAUUAUCCAACAUGAUUUCGGUACCGAGCCUUUCAAAUCAGAUGUACCUAAAAGAACAAUUUCAUUCCUUACCCUCUCUGGCUUCCCAGUUAUCUGAGUAAGCAAAUAUUUAACACUGACAUUAAUAUUAUGAAAUGUGUGUGAAAUGUGAACUAGUCAAAUUUCUUUUUCAGUUCUGGCCAGUCAUGGGCCAAAACAGGAUCUAAAUUCUUUUGCUGGAAGCCAAGAAUUAAUAUUAAACUGAGUCAGUCAAAGCAGUGUUCAAAGUCAAUUGCCACCUUCCCAAAAUGUGAACUGUGCCUUCUUUAAUCUUCCCUCUGCUCUUUAUUUAAACUCCAAAUUCCUUUCAUCUUUCUGUCAGCAGACAAAAACAUUUGACAAGACAAACUCCCAAACAGUUUUUCUUCAGUUUCUGGUUAAGGAAAGAAGCAAAAUGGCAAUAAUUGAAGCACCAAGAAGAGAAUCAACAACCCCUAUUACUCCCCGAAAAGCAAUGGCAACCCUCUUCUCUUUCUCUAAAACAAACUCAUCCAUCUCUUCCUUUUCAAAUCAAUUUGCCCCUCCAACGCCGUCCCACACUUUUUCUGAGUCAAUGAUGAAAGAAAACAUUGAAAACACAGAAUCCAUUAUCAUGAAAUGGGAUUUGAGAAGCAAUUCGAAAUUCACCUCGCUCUUUCAAGAAAGCAGAAAGGAUGCCAAAGAAUUCAUCAAGAGUGUCAAGGAAUUACGCAGGGCUAUGCAUUUUCUGAUUUCCCAACAUACAAUAUCCAAUAAGCUAGUCAUGGCACAGAACUUGAUGCAAAUUGCCAUGCAUCAGCUCGAGAAAGAAUUCUAUCAAAUUCUGUCAGCAAAUAAAGAACAUUUGAAUCCCGAAUCAAUAUCUAGCCGAUCAUCACAUCUAUCGCGAUCACUUUCAAGUCACUUGGAUGAUGAAGAUGAUGUCAGCUCUGUUAACGAAAUGCAGGUGUCCAGUGAUUCGAUGUCUGGGGUGGAGCGCCUCUCCACACUUGCUAUGUCUGACUUAAAGCUGAUCGCUGAUAGCAUGAUCCGCUCUGGUUAUGGCAAAGAAUGCAUCGAAAUAUACAGAAACAUCAGAAAGUCAAUUGUGGAUGAAGCACUAUACCGUCUCGGCCUCGAGCAUUUCACUUCAUCCCAGAUCAAAAGGAUGAAUCCCGAGGCUCUUGGGCAUCAUGUCAGUAAAUGGAUUGAUGCAGCAAAGAUUGCAGUGAGAACCCUCUUCCACGGCGAGAGAUUUCUGUGUGACCGUGUAUUUACUGCAAAUGAAACAAUAAGAGAAUCGUGUUUUUCUGGUAUAACAAGAGAGGGAGCUACUAAACUUUUCAGAUUCCCAGAACUUGUUGCGAAGAGCCAGAGAUGGCCAGAAAAAAUUUUCCAGCUGAUGAACCUGUACGAGGCAAUAUCGGAUAUCUGGCCAGAAAUCGAGUCGAUCUUCACGUAUGAAUCCCUCUCAGUGGUUAAACUACAAGCUUUUUCUUCUCUCCACAAACUCGGUGACUCCAUCCAAAAGAUUCUCUCUGAGUUUGAGUCAUCAAUUCAAAAGAAUUCAUCAAGAGCCCUGGUACCCGGAGGUGCAAUUCAUCCAUUGACCAAUUCAGUGAUGAAUUAUGUGUCUUUGCUAGCCAACUACAGUGGAGUACUCUCCGAUAUUAUUGCUGAUUCAGUAACUACACCGCAUUCACCUUUCCCGGAAUCAUAUUUUCAUAGCCCAAGCCUGGAGGAGAAUCCAACCUCAGCUGUCUCUGCUCGACUGGCCUGGAUCAUUUUGGUGCUACUUUGCAAACUUGACAGCAAAGCAGAACUCUACAAUAACAUCGCCUUAUCAUAUCUCUUCUUAGCCAACAAUCUCCAAUUUGUCGUUGAGGAGGUCCGCACCACAACACUCAAGUUCCUCCUCGGGGACGACUGGUUAUCAAAGCUAGAUAGAAAGGUAAAACUAUAUGCAGCAAACUAUGAAACACUGGCUUGGAAUAAGGUGUUCUUGUGCCUACCAGAGAAUUUACCUCAAGAAAUGUCACCUGAUGCCAUUAAGGGAUAUUUUAGGCAAUUCUACUCAGCCUUUGACGAGGCCUAUCGAAGACAGGCUUCCUGGGUAGUUCUGGAUCCAAAGCUUAGAGAUGAGAUUAAAGUGUCCAUAGCAAGUAAACUAGUGCCAGCAUAUCAAGAAUUCUACGACACAUAUUUGGCAAUAUUAAGUGAGGAGAGAAACUUGGAAGUGUUGGUGAGGUUUUCACCCAACAAUUUGGGAAAUUACUUAUCAGAUUUGUUCCACAGGACUGUGGUUCCCGAAAUUUCAUCCUCAUCCCUUUCCCAUGUAUCACGAUGUCUUCCCUAAUGUCAUUAUGAACUGAUAAAUAACUAUUUAUAUCAAUUUAUUUCCUUCAUAAAAUUUCUGUAUCAAGUAUACUUUUCCAUUUUUUUGAAUUCAAUAAAUUCAUCCUGUAAAAGGGUAAACCAUCUAUACAAAAAAACCUAAAUUACAGAGCGUUUUUGUCAAUCAAGUGCUCAGAGUUGGAUCUGAAAGCAUUAGUUUAUCUAUUACACGAUGAAAUUUUGAACAACUACAUUCUGCACAAAUAGUAUUUGGCCAACAGGAUGUAAAAUUAUGCGAAUUAUUGUACUACUAUAAAGAGAAUGGUACA